AUGUUCAACAUCAACCAAACUGUUUCACCCGUUGUCAUAGAUAAUUUACCACAUCCCACAGCCCACAGCACAGCGGAAAUUCAAUUUUCAUGUCUAAGAAUGGCCGAUGGAAUGGAAGCGACACUAGAUAGGAGCCUCGUCGACAAGGCAAUAGAUCUCAAGUCAGGUUUGGCCAAGUUGAGAAAUCUCCUCAACGUAGACGGCGAAAGCAAUGUUCCGCAAUGGGCCAAGGAUCGAAUGCAAGAGCUAGAUGACCAUCUGAAGGAAGAAAAGUUUAUUCGAUCGAAACAGGAGGCAAGUUACGACGCGCUUUCCAAGUACAAUAAGGAACUAAUGGGGCAAAUUGAAGCCCUGACCAAAUCAAGAGACACUGCGGUAGAGAAAUUGCAUCGUUCCGAAGAGGCCGUGGAUUUGGAGAAGAAGCUUUCGCAAAACAAGGAAAAGAAGUGGAACGAAGAAAAGCAAAAGCUGGAAGUUCAAAAUUCGCAAUAUCAUGCAAAGAUUGAAACACUCAAUGCCCGCAAUGCGUAUUAUCAGAAGGAAAAUGAAGACUUCAAGAACGAUCACCGCAGGGCGAAAGCAAUCCAAAAGGAACUGGACGAACUCAACGAAGAGAUGAAGAAGAAAGAAGCUGAGAACGAAGCUUUGAAAAAAGAAAUGGUAGAAAAGCAAGCGGCGAGUGAAGAACAGUACAAACAAGAAGUUCAAAAGCGAGAAACCGUUGAAAAGAGGUUGGAGGACACGAAGGCAACACUGAAUCAAGAGCUAAAAGAAACAAAAUCCAAAUUGGAAAAGGCGGAAGAAGAAAACAGCAAUAGCGCCAAAUCACUUGCCUCAUUCCUCGCUGUGAUCAAAGAGACUCUUGGCGAUAAGGAGGACGGCGGCGAUGACGACAACAGUGAUGAUGACGAAGUCGAUCUGAAUCUUGAGUCAAAUGUAUCCAAGAUUGGUGUUGCUCUUGAGAAUAUGCAAUCAAUAGUUGCUGAUAGUCAAGACGAAACAGACGGGCUGAAACGAGAGUUGAAAGAACUCCAGGAAAAGUGGCACGAGUCUCGAGGCGAAUUGAUGGAUCUCAAAGAGGACUAUGAAAUCCAAGAGAAGAGGUGUGCCGAGUUGGAAGAGCAAUUGGACGGUAUGGAAUACGAGACGAAAUCCAAGCGAACGCUUGCUGACGACGACGACGACCAACAGUCCUAUGAUAGCCGAGACGAACACGAAGAUGAAGUGGAAUCGACUGUACAAGACCAACCCGGCAGGUUGCAGAAUGAAAACGAGAUGGAAACAACUGAACAAGGACAACCGAUUGCGUCACAAACUGAAUAUGAAUCUGAUGAUUCCGAUAUUGUGGAGGUCCAGCCACAAAGCAGAGGUCCGGUGCAGCGGCCACUGUCAGAGGAUGAGGAAGUUCGAGACGGUGGCAACUCCAAGGAAGAUACCUCUUCAGAUAUUGAAGAGGUCCAACCACAAAGCAGGAGUCCAGCGCAACGGCCGCUGGUAGAGGAUGAGGAAGUUCAAGACCGCGAUGACGAAUCCAAGGAAGGUGCCUCUUCGGAUAUUGAAGAGGUCCAACCAUCAGAUACUAACGUAGCGAAACGGCCGCUGAAAGUUGACGAGGAAGAAUCCCAUCAUGCUGUCGACACAAACGAAGGAGGGCAGGACCAAUUGGCCCCCACCGCAAAGCGCGCGAAAAUUGACGAUGACAGUGAUGGUGAAGGCUCUGUGAAGUCUGUGACGUUUGCUGUUGACAACGAGAAUGGAACUGCCCCUUCGAAUAAAGUGGAGGUUCAACCGCCAGAGACAAGUGCAGCACGAAGAGUGGAAGACGAGGAGGAGGCAGAAGUUCAAGAAGUUCGUGAUGGCAACUCAAAUGAUGGCGAGCAGAACGAAGCUCCAACUGCAAAGCGAGCUAAAGUCAAUGAGGAAGGUGAUAGUGAUGGCUCUGGUUACGGUUCAUUCUAG